AUGGCAAAGCCUGGCGAAUCUUCCGCGGUGAACUCCCUUCAAGUCGGGGAAUUUGAUAUAGAUUACACACUUUUCCCCAAGUUCCAGUGCAGUAUCGGCUAUGGCUCUGGAGUCUUUCGACAGGAGGGUUACGAUUUGAGCAAGCGACCAAUGGUGGACUUGUUGCUGGUUGUAGCCGACGAGGACCUGGAGGAAUGGCAUAGCGAGAAUCUGAAAUCACAGCCACAGCACUACUCCGGCUUGGCCAGGAUCCUGGGCUCUGCUCGUGUCUGCCAGCUGCAGCGUUGGGGUCCUGGUGUCUUGUACCUCCCGGAGGUGCAGCUUGCAACUACUGAAGGGGGGGUUUUGAACGCAAAGUACGGAGUCAUCACCUUUCGAGAUCUGCUUCUGGAUUUGGAGAACUGGUCAUCUCUCUACAUCGCCGGGAGGUUGCAGAAACCGUUCGUCCACAACUGGUACAGCGAUGAGGAAGACAAUGAAGACAUUUUUGACGCUGCCGUAGUGCAGAAUCGUCGUGCUGCAUUAGCCACUGCCCUGCUGAGUGCCGGGCAGGAUACUUUGGAUGUGUCAACUCUGCUGGCAUCAGUGGUAGGAUUGUCCUACAGCGGCGAUAUCCGAGUGGGUUUGGCUGAGAACCCCAACAAGGUCAGCAACAUUGUCAAUGCGCAGAAAGACAUUUUGUGGUCAAUUUACCGUCCACUGGCAGAAGAACUCGAAGUGGAUGUUAUGGAGGCCACGCUGAACGAUGGAUUGAAGGGUGUGGUGCACUUUGACGCUUCGCUCUCUGGACGCCGUCGGCUUUUUACAGCUCUGCCAGAAGCUGUUCAGAAGGCAUCAGAGGGAUAUGAGGAGCCCUUUGGCCUCCCACUUCGUCGCACUCUUCAAGCCACUGUGCGCCGAGCUUCCAUGCAGCAAGCGGUAAAAGGUGUUUUGAGCUCAGGCGCUUCCAGAAGUUUGCGCUAUGCCCUGGCCUCAGCAUUGGAGAUUCUGCAGUCAUAUGAAAUAGGUGCCUCCAAUUCGGCGCAUGAACUCUAUGGAAGCAUGGUCAACAAGUUGUGGUUUGAAAUCCCAGAAGCAUUGCGGGCUGCAGCUUUUGGCAUCGAUUGCUGUGCUGAGAUGCUUGAAUAUUUCUUGAACAUGCUUGAAUCAGAGUCGGAAGAGUCAUCAGAGUCUUGGUAUGUCUUGAUGGCUCUGGUCGUUUUGGUCAUGCUUGAUGCCGCCUGCAAUCGGUGUUCCAAUCCCAAGUGCCCUCGGCAAGGUGAAGCUGAGGCAUCGCUAGAGUGUAGAUGUGGAGAAUGCUUUUGCACAGAAGCGUGCUGGAUCCAAUUCUGGCACGCUGGGCAUCAGCAUUGCUGCCCACGCGCUCUGGACAUCAUAUCCGCCGCAGCGGAGCACUCCUCCCAGCGACGAGGUGCUGCCCUCUUGGCCAGUACGGCCUUGACUCGCAGGAGGACAGAAAACUGCAAUGACACCAGCCAGGUGCAAGCACAGCCGAACUUGCAGCUGAACCAGAGCAGUCGAUUUCGACGUGCUUUUAGUCAAAGCAGCAAAGCGUCUUCGUGGGUCUCGCUAGCUGAAGCAGAAUCCCUCCCGGAUCCAGACGAUGGCUCAUGUCCGUGCAAUUGCACCACUGAUGACUUCGAGCUUGUGGCAACUCUGGGUGCAGGAUCGUGUGGCACUGUCGCAAAGGUCUCUCACAAAUUCACGGGUGAGAUCUUUGCGCUCAAAGCCAUCCAGCAGCGGUGGGUCAAAGAGAAGCACCUGGAAGAGUAUGUCGAAAGAGAGGUUGCAACUCAAAAGCAGCUGAAGCACCCAAAUAUCGUCAAACUUCAUGAACAUUUUGAGGAUGAGGAAUAUGUUUACCUGCUGCUGGAGUUUGCUCCUGACGGCUCCCUCUACAGCAAGAUCCGCGCGCAGCAUUGUUUGGCACACGCGGAGGCAGCAUCGAUCUUCGUUGACGUCUCGGAGGCUUUAGUGCAUUUGCACAGGCAUGGGACUGCUCACCGAGAUCUGAAGCCAGAGAAUGUGCUUCUUUUUCCUGGCGGUCGUGCCAAGCUAGCAGAUUUUGGCUGGUGUGCCCAGCUGACCAAUGACGGUCGGAAGACGUUUUGUGGAACUAUGGACUACCUCUCACCUGAAAUGGUGUCUCAGCAGCCACAUGAUCAUCGGGUCGAUGUUUGGGCACUUGGUGUUUUGCUCUAUGAGAUGUUGACUGGAGAUCCUCCAUUUUCCGGCAGGAGCACUGCCCACAUCUUGGAGCGAAUUCUCACCGUGGAUCUGAUUAUGCCAGUCUCAAUGCCCGAAGGAGCUGCAGACUUGAUUCAUGCUCUGCUGAAGGUAGAUCCGGGAGAACGACUUUCACUGAAUGCUGCCUUGAAAUGGCCAUGGCUUCAGGACAUGCGGACCGAUCCUUUAGAGACGGAUGAGGAGAUGGCAAUACCUGUUGAUGCUGUGGAGUGCACAGAACCACUCCCCAUGGUGCCUUCAGGCGAUGUGAAGGGGUUUCGAAAGUUGAUUCGCCUUUGGCCGUGCCUUUCAGGAAUGUUCUCCGCUCGGGCACUGACCCACACACGAAAGGCUGUUGCGCAACGGCUGCCCAGACUACUGGAGCUGGGCCGCCGCAGCUUUUACGAGGAUGCUGCCUCGACGACCAACACCUUGUAUUUAGAAAGCCUCUACACUCAGUACCAAGCAGAUCCCUCCAAGCUCGAUGCCAAGUGGGGUGAAUACUUUGCGGCUAUGGAAGCUGGACAGAAAGCAGAGCCUCCAGCAAUGGGCUCUUCACUGAGGCAGCUUGGCAUCGAGACUCGCUUGGCUGCUGCUGUGACGUCAGGAGAAGCAGCCGCUGGUCUUGUGGCCUCCAGCAGUGGUGCAGGUGGCUUGCAGAAUUUGAUCCGUGCGUAUCAAGUGCGCGGACAUGAAUCGGCCUCUCUAGAUCCGCUGAACCUCCACAGCUGGCGCAAUUGGCAGGAGAAGGGAAUUGCUGAAAGCGUCCCGGAGCUGGAUCCAACUUACCAUGGCUUUUCUGAGGCAGAUAUGGACAAAACAUUUGACGUGAGCUUUGCUGGUCUCAACAAGAGCGCAACUCUCCGGGAAAUUGUCGACACCUUGAGACACGUGUAUUGCAAUAGCAUUGGCGUUGAGUAUAUGCACAUUGGCGAUCUUCAAAAGCUUGAUUGGAUUAGAACCCGAGUUGAGAGCCCUGAUUUCCUUCCUGCUGACAAGGAGAAGCUCAUCAAGAUCUACAGUGAAUUGAUGAAGGUUGACACCUUCGAGCAGUUUCUCAACACCCAGUACAAAACCACGAAGAGAUUCGGAGUGGAUGGCGGAGAGGCUGCAGUUGCGGGCGUCAAUGCCGCCAUCGAGCGUGCUGCGGAGAUGGGGUUGCAGGAGGUCGUAAUUGGCAUGCCUCAUAGAGGCCGCCUGAAUGUCCUGACGAAUGUCGUGGGAAAGCCGUUGGUUCAGAUGUUUGCUGAAUUCAAGGGCACACACUACGACUUCGAAAACUUGGUUGAAAAGAGCCAGACCGACGAUUGGCUUUUUGCUGGGGAUGUGAAGUACCACCUGGGCACAUCGAAUGUCCGAGAGUUUGCCAGUGGAAAAUCAGUACUUGCCACUCUUGAGGCCAACCCUUCCCAUUUGGAGACAGUGAACACUGUGACAUUGGGCAGAGCCCGUGCGAAGCAGUACUACUUGGGCAACACAGCAGAAACGAGGUCUCGCAUCAUGCCGAUCCUGUUCCAUGGGGAUGCAUCCUUUGCUGGACAGGGUGUAUGCUAUGAAACCAUGCAACUUGCUCACGUCAAGGAGUUCGACGUUGGCGGUACGAUUCAUGUCAUAAUCAACAACCAGGUCGGAUUUACUACGGACCCUGUGGAUGAUAGGUCCACAAUGUAUUCCUCAGACCUUGGGAAAGGCUUCGGCUUACCAGUUCUCCAUGUGAACGGUGAUGACCCAGUGGCAGUCACUUCUGCAUUUCAACUUGCUGCUGAAUGGCGACAAACGUGGGCAACUGACGUCAUCGUGGAUGUCAUUUGCUACCGACGCUUUGGACACAAUGAGACUGAUGCGCCAGAAUACACGCAGCCCAUGCUGUACAAACAGAUUGCGAAGCAUCCUCGAACUCACACUGUGUUUGAACAGAAGCUCUUGGCAUCUGGAUCCGUCAGCCAAGCCGAGAUGGAGUCAGUCAAAUCAAACCUCUGGAAGCAGCAUGAAGAGGCCUUUGCAGCCGCGGACUCUUUCAAACCGGACGAGGAUAUGGGCAAUUGGGUGGCUACGAAGUGGGAAGGCUUCGUUCGCCCAACUGAUAAGGCAUCAUCUCACCCGACCGGUGUGGAUCUUGAGCUUCUGAAAAAGAUUGGAGCAAAGCUUUGCGAAGUGCCUGAAGGCUUCAAAUUGCACAACGGCUUGAAGCGUCAACUGAAAAAGAAGUCCGAGGACAUCGAAGGUGGCGAAACUAUUGACUGGGCCACUGCUGAAGCAAUGAGCUUCGCUUCGCUGCUCUUGGAGGGAAACCACGUACGCAUCACAGGGCAGGAUGUUCAGCGUGGCACCUUCGCCCAUCGACAUUGUGUGGUGAAAGAUCAGAACACGGGUGAAGACCACUGCUUCUUGAACAACUUGGACUUGGGGCCUCAGGAGAACUUCAUUGCCCGCAAUUCCAUCCUUUCAGAGUAUGGCGUUCUUGGAUUUGAGCUGGGGUACAGCUACGAGAAUCCACGAGCUUUGGUCAUUUGGGAAGCGCAGUUUGGUGACUUCGCAAACACAGCUCAAGUUAUGGUUGAUCAGUUCGUCUCUGCGGGAGAGCACAAAUGGCUGCAACAGACUGGUCUUGUCAUGCUGCUACCUCAUGGCUACAUGGGACAAGGUGCUGAACACUCAUCCUGUCGACUUGAACGCUUUCUCCAGCUAAGCGACGAUGACGAAGAUGACAUUCCAGCCUUUGAAAAUGAUUUUGGACGCAACCAAGUCCAAAAAGCAAACUGGCAGGUCAUGAACAUCUCUACACCUGCGAACUACUUCCACGCUUUGCGCCGUCAGCAACAUCGUGACUUCCGGAAGCCCAUGGUCCUGGCAUCACCUAAGAACCUCUUCCGCUUGCGCCAGUGUGUGAGUAAGCUGAGCGAGAUGGGUCCUGGAUCGCGUUUUCGACGUUUAAUUCCUGAGCGUGAUCAAAAGAUCGCUGAUAACCCCGAGAAGGUGACCAGGCUCGUGUUUUGCAGUGGCAAGCUGUACUAUGAGCUAGUUGCUGAGCGUGAGCAGCUUGGCUUGGACAAUGUUGCGAUCGUGACAUUGGAGCAGAUUGCACCAUUCCCAUUUGAUCGUGUGAAGGCCAUGCUAGAGAUGUACCCAAAUGUGGACAUUGGAGAUGGCAUUCAUCCUGGGAAUGUGAUUUGGUGCCAGGAGGAGCCAAAGAACAUGGGAGCAUGGUCAUACGUCCGUCCAAGAUUUGUCACAACUAUGAGAGAAGGACUUGAGAAGGAUAUGGUCAUGCGUUAUGUAGGUCGCCGGGCAAGUGCGUCACCUGCGACCGGCUAUCCCAAGCUCCACAACGCAGAGCAGGAAGCUCUUGUGAAGGAAGCCCUCGUUGGACAUGACGACGAAGGCUGGACAGUGCAGCGGCCAUCUUCCCUACUCGGCCACCAAACCUAG